AUGAAGAAGCCAGUCGACAGUUUCAGCAGCAUCUGCUUUCCUGAAAAUAGUGACUAUUUCUAUCACCCAGGGGAGGUGGAUCCUGAGACGCGAUCUGCUUUGCUUGAACAGUAUCAUCGCGAGCUUGAGAAGUGUAGUCCUCGAGAGACGUGGGCUGGCGAUGCGCACCAGAAAUCGGCACCCUAUCCAAUUCUCGGUAGUGUGGGUCAUCAGCGUCAGUUGGCAGACCUGAGCGAGGCAUUAGUACUGGCAAUCACCGAUAUUGUUCAAAGAUGGUGGUCGGACGUCGAUGCUCGCUUUCCUGAGCGAAUGCCGAUCGAUCCCGUGGAGGAGAAGCUGCUGCAGUGGAUGGAAGGGCUGGGAACCGAUGUACUCCGCCCAUACAGAUUCGUGCAAGGCUCUUGGAGGCCAGACUUUCUGCUUGAAUCCUCCGAGGAUCCGGAGCAGAUUGAGAACUAUCGGAUCUGUGAGAUUAACGCUCGGUUCUUUCCAAAUGGCUUUCUUUUUAUCGCAUUUGGCCAACAGGCUCUUAUCAAUAUGGGCAUUGAGAAACAUGGUCUCAAGGGAGCUGCCGACCCUAAAAGGGUUAUCACCGGACUGAGUAAGCUUGUUGACCCUUCUCUCCCCUUACAUGUGGCAAAGGGCGAGGAAUACGGAUUCGAUAUUCGCAUCUGGCGAGUGUUUAGAAGAAUUCAUCAGCUCGGACUGGAACUCCAUCAACGAGAAUUGCUUGCUAUGAGCUAUGAAAUGCUCCAACAAAUCAGUCUUCGCUGUUUCAACGACUUGCGGACUGUAUCCCUCGUUCAUGACAAGCGCAUGCUAGGCCUCGUCCUCGAAGAACUGAAUACCCUCGUCUCGCGCAACGUGAUUUCAUCGCGCCAAGCUAAGAUCCUUAACAGGGGACUCGUCCACACGUUUAUCCCCGGAUCGACCAAGCUGAAGAACCUUAUUACGACUUGCCAGUCCGAUACCCUGUUCAAGGACAAGCAUAUGCUCAAGCCAGUCCGCAGCGGUAAGGGCAAGGGCAUCUUAUUCGGUGAUCAAAUCAGCCACGAUGAGUGGCUGUCUAUUCUUCAGAGUAUGCGAGACCCGUUCCUGAAGGAUGGGGAAACGACAUACGUUGUUCAAACGCAAGUUCAGCAACGACGAUAUGAUGUUCUGCUCGAGGAGGAGAAAGGUAUUGGGAACUUUCCUCUCAUUGGAACAUUCCAUAUCACGCAUGGUGUGUUCCUCGGUCUUGGACUUUGGCGCAGCGGCCCCGGUCGUAUUUGUGCUUUAAGUCGUGGAGGAUCUUGGGUGUGCACUGUGAUCCAACAAUAA